GAUAUAUUUAUAUGCGCAUUUUGUAAAUGUCGUAGCUCGAGCUAUAUAUUUUCUCCAGUAUAGCUCAAGAUUGAUUCAAGUAAUUUAAGGAGAGUGAGGCGAGGUUCCUAAUUCCUAGACACCAAAAAGAUAUGCCUCCAGUGAUGUCGAAACCAGUUGAAACUAGUGCAAGUAGUAGGAGGCAACUGCAGGAUAAUCCUGUGGUCGUUGCGCUUGCAGAUGAUAACACACUGCUUGCAAAGCGCCGCAUCAUGGAAAAUCCGGGACUUGCUACAGAAAGAAUUAACGAGGAUGGUGACGGUGACGGUGACGGUACCGUUAUGGACCUCAUCUGUGGAAAAGGCUGUGCAACUGUGAAGGCACUUUUCGAGGAGGUAGCUGGUGAUCUACAUUCUCUUAAAGACUAUAAGGGAAGAACCCUUCUUCACGUUGCAGCAGGGAAAGACGAUGUAGAAGUUGUGAGGGUCAUCGUCGAUUUGUGUCCAAAUUCCAUCCGAGAGUUGAAUAAUGAGGCAGAGACGCCGGUUCAUGUGGCCGUCAAAAAUGGCCAUGUUGGUUGUUUUUGGGUGUUGAUGGAAAAACUUCAGCAGCCCCAGUACAUUAACUGGAUAGAGCUUCUAAAUCACGGUGAUUCUAAGGGCAACACUGUUUUCCACUGUGCAGUUUUGCAUAAGCAAAUCCAGAUCCUGAAAGCGUUGCUUUCCUACAAGAAGCGCUAUGGUGCUCAUGUGGUGGAUGUGAACUCAAGAAAUGAAAUGGGUUUAACGGCCAGGGACCUCCAUCCCGAAAACACGUCGAUUCUUAUUGACAGAUGCAUCCAUGACAUUCUUCAAAAAGCUGGAGCGAAGAGAGGACAUGAGCCACUGGGCAGGUGUGAAGAGAUGAUGCAGAAGAUGAUGCAGGAAAACAUGGACUUCAUGAAGAAAUCCUUGUUGCUGGCCCUGUUCAUUUUUACAGCAAGUGCGGCUUACCAAAGUCUCUUCAAUCUCAGCAACAUCGAUCCACACGAACACCAUGUUCAAGUUUUGAAUAUCAGUGUUAUAGAUGCCAUAAGGUCUCCUAGUCUUCUACCGGACAUCUUCUAUGUUUUCGCGGCGAAUUCGUUCGCAUAUUUGGGUAGUAUGUGUGUGAUACUUGUUAACACCUGGUGCAUGGGUAGUAAAUGCUCACUUUGUUACCGUGCAGUUCCCUUGUUUGUGACGGCCGCAAUGCUUGUGAGUUAUGGUCUGGCCGCGAAGAUCAUCAUGCCCAAGUUCUGGAUAACUGUUGGCCCUAAUUAUAAGAUUCCAAGUUUCUUGGCCGUGUGGUUAUUGGAUAUACCUUUAGUUUUCUUGUUAGUUGCAACAUGGCAUAUAUGCAAACAGUUUUGUCAUGUCACUUCAGCAUGGCUUUAGGGUCUGAGUGCGCCUGGGGGUAUUGCAAAAAUUUUCCCUCAUAGCUGAGAUCAUGAUUAGGGAGGAAAACUGGGACAAUAACAAAGUAAAUUUAUGAGUAUCUUUGUUGUACAUUACGUCCCCUUUCGUUUUUUAUUUUAAAAUUUAAUAUGGAUAAUAGUGAAAAAAAAAAGGUGCUCUUUCAAUAAUGUUGACUAAUUGUAACAUAUAAAGCACAUUUUAUGAAUAAUUCUUUUUUAAUUAUAUAAAUAGACUCUUUCUAU